AUGGCUUGUCCACGUGUGCAGUACCGUCGCCGCAUGCACUAUGCAACGCGCGGCAAUCGCAUGAAGCUCGUGCGCACGCCCGGCAACCGCCUCGUCAUGCAGAAGCGCGAGAAACGCUCGCAGGGGCCCCACACGCCGUGGGUCCUCGGCCACAAGCGCCUCGCCGGCACGAAGGCACUCCACCACACGGAGGCCCGCCUCGCCUCGCACCACAAGAAGAGCACCUCACGCCCCUACGGCGGUGUGUUGAGCCACGAUCAGGUGCGGGACCGCGUCGUCCGGGCGUUCCUCGUGGAGGAGCAGCGCAUCGUCAAGCGCGCACUCAGGGCUCACGCCAAGUCGCAGACAGAGAAGAAGCGCCGCGAUGCCAAGCGUAAGCGCCAGCAGGAGAAGAAGGCUGCUAUCACAAAGAAGAUUGGCACAAAGAUUGGUUCAAAGUCAACAACAGCAGCUUCAUCCAAGAAGGUGGCAGCGGCGAAGAAGAAGGCGGCAGCCCGCGUGCCGGUUGGUGCGAAGGUCAAGAAGUAG